UAAACAAAAAAAGAGAGAUUCUAAAAUGUCUGCGUUUACUGCUCCAACCUUAAACCCUCCAACAAGAGCAGGUUUCUCUUCAAGAACCUUCUCAAUCGCUUCUUUUUCGCCAUUUUCACCGGGUAACAGAAUCUCGAAAGAAGAUAAAUACCCAUCAAUCUCUCUCGCCGCAAUGUCGACCCACCGUUGGCAACAGCAGCGUCUCAACGCUUUAGUAGGAAGCGACCAUAGUGAACAAAUACUCGAAUCUAUACAAGAAUCUCUAACCAACUGUCUAACGGAGACAGAUCUUCAUCUUACUGUCCCUGGUCUCAAGUCCAAAUCCAGAGGCAAGGUUAGAGACAUCUAUGAUGCAGGGGAUUAUCUUGUUUUGGUGACAACUGAUCGACUGAGUGCAUUUGACAGGAAUCUUGCUUCAAUUCCAUUCAAAGGACAGGUGCUCAAUGAGACAAGUUUGUGGUGGUUCUACAACACUGAACACAUAACCCCCAAUGCUGUUGUAUUAUCUCCAGACAGGAAUGUUACAAUUGCGAGGAAAUGCUCAGUCUUUCCGGUUGAAUUUGUUGUUAGAGGAUAUGUGACCGGAAGCACAGAUACUUCUCUAUGGACAGUAUAUAAUAAGGGUUUGCGAAAUUACUGUGGCAAUGUUCUUCCUGAAGGUUUGGUGAAAAGCCAGAAGCUUCCUGCAAAUAUACUCACUCCGACGACAAAGUCUGCAGACCACGAUGUUCCUGUUACUCCAGAUCAGAUUGUUGAACAAGGAUUGAUGACUGAAACUGAUUAUGCCGAAGCAAGUAGGAAAGCUUUAAGUCUGUUUGAAUAUGGGCAGAAUAUUGCUUCUGAACAUGGAUUGAUAUUGGUCGACACGAAAUAUGAAUUUGGAAAGGAUUCGGAUGGUAAAAUUGUUUUAAUUGACGAGAUUCAUACUCCAGAUUCAAGCAGAUAUUGGAUUGCCAGUUCCUAUGAAGAACGUAUUCGAAAUGGUCUGGAACCUGAAAACAUAGACAAGGAAUUCUUGAGACUGUGGUUCAAAGAAAAUUGCAAUCCUUAUGAAGACGAGGUUCUUCCUGAAGCUCCAAAAGAACUUGUUUCUGAACUAGCCCGUCGAUACAUUUACUUGUUCGAGACGAUAACAAAUUCAAAAUUCGAGCUACCUGUUUUGACUGAACCGAUACAUGACCGAAUAUCGAAAAAUGUUUCAGCUGCACUUUCAACAUUGCGAUCAGUCUAACUUGAACAGAGAAAGAAGGGUAGUGUUCAUUUCGUCCUCCUCUGUACAACAUCAAUUUUCCUAUCCAUUGUGAUAAAAUUACUAUCUUUUACUUCUUACAUAUAUAUUUAACUAAUUAUGUUAUACU